AUGGCUCCGGGGCUGGUAGUGCUCUCAAAUCUUGAUGAGGACGAGGACGGCGUGCAGCCCGUUGAGGCAACGGCCACUACUGACCUUGACCGCUGCACACGCCGAAUUGCGCGGCAGGCAACCGAGACCUUGGUGCAAUUUGCACAUGCCAGAGGCAUUCUGCCCCGUGAGCUGCUAGAGCACCUCGAAAUUGGCAACCCUGUCGUUAUUGACCGUCUCGAGCGUGCUAGCAGGGUGAUGGUCGAUCUGAACAUGCCCGCUGAAGACCGCACGGAAGAGGAUUGGAACGCCUCUAACACCAUUGAAGACGAGGCGGAACUGCUGGCUAUGGCUCUGUUGGAGGUUGAGUGUGGGGGGAGGUUUGCCCCCAACCACCGAAUGAAGCUCACAUGUUGCGUGAGCUGCAGGUUUCGAACCGCGGCGAUGUACGACACGUCGGCGGUACCGAUUUUCACGGGACAAAACUACUCCGCGUGGAAGUUUAAGUUCCAAGUGCUCAUGAUGGAGCGGGGACUUUGGGGUCUCUUCGAUGGGACGGAGAAGAAGCCGGACGACGAGAGCGACAUCGCGGCUUGGAAGAAGAAGGACCAAAAGGCGUUCGCUACGCUAAUCUCGCGGAUCGGCAUCAACCUCGUGAGCUCGGUGCGCACGUGCAUCAAGCUCGAAGCGUCGGCGCAUGAGGCGUGGAAGCGGCUCGAGACGAUUCACGUAAACAAGACCCUCCAUGGCAAGAUCCUAGCCCGGAACGCGUUCUACACGGUGAAGUUGCGCGCGGGCGAAUCGAUGCACGAGUAUGCGACUCGUGUGGAGGAACUUGGGGAAACGUUCGUAGACCUCGGUGGAACGGUCACGGAGGAGGAUUGGAUUUUGACCUUGCUUUGCGGUCUUCCGGAAGAGUGGUCGACGGUGAUAACGACACUCGAUAGCGUGCAAGACACUUGGACAAAGGAAACGGUGGUCGGUCGGCUUCUCCAUGAGGAAUCGCGUCGCCGACAAUUCGCUAAUGAGAGCGUGGAGACCGCCAUGUUCUCCGGAGGGAGUUCCGGAGGAAAGUCCAAGUGGAGCAAGGGUGCGACGAAGAAGUCGUACGGUGGAAGCGAUCGCGGCAAGGGGAACACAUCAAACGGCGCGAGCAAGUGCCACUAUUGCGGCAAAGCGGGACACUUUUGGCGAGAGUGUCGGAAGCGUCCGAGCGAUUGGACUCCAUCAAAGGCGCGGAACCAAGAGGGCAAUGCGCACACGGCAUCCGGCGAGGCGGAUGAUACAAGGGAGUCGAUCGUGUUAUUGGCCGGUGACGGGACCAACACUCCAAACGACGCGUGGUUCCUUGACACCGGCGCAACACAACACAUGAUGCACUCGGCAUCAUUCCUCACCAACGUUGGUGCACCCGUAGACGUCACGCGCGUCGUCUUCGGAAACGGCAAGUCGCUACCGGUGGUCGGAGUUGGGAGUACGCGUCUCAUCGUCGAUGGCGGACCGGUGGACAUCACGAACGUGCUUCACGUCCCGGGAUUGAAGGUGAAUCUACUCUCCGUCACUCAACUCGCGAAGAAGGACGUGAAGGUCACCAUCGAUGGCGCGACGAUGAACCUCUUUUGGAAGGGGAAGCAAUUCGCACAAGGCGUUCUCAACGGAGAACUUUACCAACUCAAGACGCACCCGGGAGUGGCUUCAUCCAACGUGGCGCAAGGUUCCAAGGCGACUCUCAAGGCGUGGCAUAAUCGACUUGCGCACGCCAACUACGACUCGGUCAAGGAGUUGGUCAACAAAGGACUCGCCAAGGGACCGAACGUCACCCCUCGCUAA